AUGGACGAUACGAAGGCAAAAGAAACUGGGCUUUCCUGCAGAGUUAUAGAAAAAUCAAACCAGAAUGACAGGAGUGCUAAGUAUGCCGAUCCAAAGGAGGAUGAGGAGCUGGAGUGGGUGGGGGAGGAGGAGGAGGAGGAG